GGAACAUUUGAGAGUUGGACUUUGAUCGCUGUUUUUAUCAGUUGACUGUCUGACCGGCCAAGUUCACGAUGCCACUCGUUCCUUCGAGGCUAUUGCUUGGCUUGGUAAGGAUGUCAUCAGGGCCAGCGCAAUAUCGUCAUGCCAAGAUUGGAGAGUUUACUCAGACCCCACCUAUCAUUCACAAUCCCUAUAGUGAUGACCCGCUGUUGAAGCGAACGCUGCGGAGGCUUGUGCCUCGAAAAGAUUUUGAUCGUGUUUCAAAGGACCUAUCAACUUUUGGUGAUCGUGUCGUCACCGAAAUUGAUUACCUAGGACGACAAUGUGAACUAAAUCAACCCAGAUUGGAACAAUAUGACGCUUGGGGACGAAGGGUGGACAAUCUAAUCGUCUGCCCUGAGUGGUAUCGUUUGAAAGAGAUUUGCGCAGAAGAAGGACUGAUAGCUCUCGGGUAUGAUGACAAAGUGGACCCCAUUACGAGGCGAAUGCACCAGAUAGCCAAACUCUACUUAUUCUCACCAUCAGCUGGUUUGGUCACUUGUCCUAUGGCCAUGACUGAUGGAGCUGUAAAGACAUUGAAGACCCUGGGCCUCUAUGGGAAACACGACCUGGCCACGGAAUCCAUAGAGCGCUUACUAUCCACAGACGGUAAGAAAGCGUGGACCUCUGGACAAUGGAUGACUGAGAAAGGUGGUGGAAGCGAUGUUGGCGGAGGUUGUGAUACAUACGCUGUACAUACGGAAGGUGACAAGUAUAGUCUUCAUGGCUACAAAUGGUUCAGUUCAGCAAUAGAUGCAGACAUCGCCUUGACCCUAGCUAGGAUAGUCGACAAGGAUGGAAAGUCAGGAAAAGGAUCUCGUGGUCUGUCUCUAUUUCGUCUCAAGAUCAGAAAUACUGAUGGCAAACUAAAUGGUAUACAGAUGAUACGGCUGAAGAAUAAACUUGGGACAAAGCAGUUACCCACUGCUGAAUUACUGCUUGAUGGUACCGUAGCGCACUGUCUUGGGGCUCCAGGAAGAGGUGUUGCGAAUAUCUCCAACAUGCUCAAUAUUACGAGAAUACACAAUGCUGUAGCCUCAGUGUCCGGCAUGAGAAGGGCGCUAUCGCUGGCACGAGACUAUUCGACUCGACGUAUAGUAUUCGGACGUCCGCAAGCGGAAUGGCCCCUACAUACGGCCACAUUGGCAAAGAUGGAGGUUGAGACGAGAGGAUGUUUUUUGCUUUUGAUGGAAGCAGCACAGCUAAUGGGAUUAUCUGAAUCCAACGGCGCAUCCGCUGAGCAGAAUGCUCUUCUACGACUCAUUACUCCAGUUAUAAAGCUUUAUGCUGGGAAAAUGUGUGUGCCUCUAAUUUCUGAAGGUAUGGAAUGUUUUGGAGGUCAAGGUUACAUUGAAGACACAGGAAUAGCAGCAGGACUGCGAGAUGCGCAGGUUACACCCAUAUGGGAAGGAACGACAAACGUUCUCUCCCUUGACGUCUUACGAGUGUUCGCUGCCAAGGCCAAUGUCUACGAUUUGUUUGGACAAAGGGUAGAAGAGCAUUUGCCCAGAAACGGUGUCGAGGGCCUUGAGAAAUCGACUUCCGAAGUGCGCAAAGCUAUCUCAAAGCUCCGCUCCAUUUUGUACAAGGCAAUUGAGGUAUCUGAUGGCUCAGUCCAUGUCGAUGCCUGUGCGAGACAAAUUGCUUUCGGAAUAGCUAGGAUUUGGGCAGGCUCUCUACUUAUCCGCUACGCUUGUGACGAAGGUGCAACGAAAGCCGAUGCAGAGGUCGCAGAGAGGUGGUGCUCUGAGCAACCGCUCAUGGAUCUACAAAUGAGCUGGCUAGGCAAAGGUCGCGUAGAGCUCGAUCGCAAGAUAGUGUUCGAAAAUUUUUCGGAAAAAUUCACCAACAAACUUUGA